AUGUCUCUGCGUUUAUUUGGCUCUUUCAUCUUGGAUGAUCCUAAAGAUCAUCUGACUGAAGACCGACAGUUGGAGUUGAAGCGACUUCUGCCACUUAUUGAGAAGCUUGAAGAGGAGAGCAGCCAAGGCCAUUUUGACCAUUCCUCCUGGGAUAUGAACGAUGCAUUCGAACACUUUCGCGAUGAAGAGACUGCCUGGUGGAAGUCUCGCAACGUUGACCGACCUCGCAACUUCAUAGUCCGCCCAUCUGGCCGUCUUGAUUCCCGGGUAGCAUGUCACUUGUUUAACCCAACCUUUGCAGUGUGUGAUCCCACAUCAGAGACGACAUUUGAUUUGUCAAAUCCGACCAUGAUACAACUGAAAGACGCUGGGAUUUCCUUGGAGAAGUGCCUGGUAUUCGACCACUUGGCGCGCAGAGACGAUAGCAAACACUCGGUUAAAGUCUAUCCCCCCGAUCUGUGGGAAAUAAAUGAAGGAUUUGUGUUUGCCCUCCGCCACGAGAUGGCAGCUGUGGUGGAAUUGUGUUGGGGGGCGAAUGUGAAGUCGCGAAUGCAUCACUGUUUCCCGGACCUGCAGCCGUUGCCGCUUUGGGGUCGUUAUGAAGGCGUUACGUUGUAUUUGGAACACCAAAAAGAUCAAACCGGAAAUUGUAAAUCCAUUCGUCGUUUCAUCAUCUUCGUCAGGCCUCCGCAAUACUUCAUGUAUGUGUUCGCAGACACCCCUGGGGCUCGGAGAUUCCGAAGAUAUUUCGGCAAAGAGCAGGACCUUCAUUUAGAGGUAGCUGCUCUCUUAGGGAACAUCGCUGUCAGUGAGAAUUUCUAUGAGUCCAGCCCUAGACUCAUACAGAACCUUAGGAUCCCAAAGGUUGUACGGUUAGCUAGAGACAAACUGAAGGGUGAAGCGCGAGUGCAGCUCGAAACAGCCUUCCCCGGGCUGGAUUUGGCUCCAGUGAAGGUAUCUUUUGAGGUUUCUCCGGAAGUCGAAGCAAAUUGGGCGAUAGAAGUCGAGCGGCUGAAGGCAGACACUGCAUCAAAGCCAGCUGUUUUAGCUGAAGGAAAUAUUGAAGAUGACCACACUCGGAGAGAGAAUCAUCGACGGAAAGCAGCCCUUUUCCAUAUAAACUUACAAAAGCUCGUCAAUUUCUUUUUACCCGACAUGCCGUUCAAAAUUCUCAAGCCAGACCAGUAUGAAAAUCUGAUUCAAUCCAUUGAAGAGUUGGAUUGGGAGUUCAAUAGCUGGGAAGAACUUCCAGAGGUCAUAACCACGCUAUUUCACACCGAAAAGGGACUGAAAAUUGAUCAGCAUACGAUAACUUCGCGUGAGGAACUCGAGACCGCAUUUCAACUCACUUACUGUAAAGGAAAUGUUGAUAAUCUAAGCAUUAUGGGGUUGGCAUUUUCAGUUUUACUAGGGUAUAACACUUCGAUCCGCCAAAUGAACCAUCUCAAACGAUCGAGUGUUAGCGACUUGCUUGUUUCUGGCGGUCCUGGGAGGGACGUUGUUCCUAGGAAGUGCUCGAUAUGCAGGCGCAGGGUCCUUGACGACCCUGUGGCAUAUUACGCUAAAAAUAACUCAAAAACAUACGCCCUCAAAUACAGGAAGAAUGGCUGCGGGCGGACUGGAUGCACAAAGAAGGCCGAAUUUUACCCUAUUGAUGGCAACCUCAGACGUAUUCGUAUAGAAAAGAAACUAUUGGAAGCCAUUCCCAAUCCUGAAGCUGAGUGGGAACCUUACCUUCUUCGAAACAAGAAUGAGCUCGACGUUGUCCCUAGAAUGGUCGUGUGGAAAUGCCCAACAGAAGGUUGUCCUGGCACCUUGGAGGACAAUGCACCCAGAUGGACAUUUGAAAAGACCUCACGCCUCUUGAAUCGUAAACUCAUGUGCCCAGUAUGCUGCACUCAGGAGUGGUGGGAACCCGUGAAGACUUCGAUACAGACUGUCCGUGGUAGUUCCAUCAGUAGAAUGUGGGCGAGCCUCAAGAAAGCUGGAUGCGACCCGCGCCAGUAUCCGCGCAGGCCUGACAUCUGCUUUGCCAAUGCCAGAAUUCCUACGCGAAUUGCAAUGCUUAAGGAAGCCAAAAGGCUGCAAGAAGAGAAGCACGCCAUGAACUACCCGUGA